AUGGCCCAGAACGCACCCAAUCCGGACGGCCAAUUCGAGCGAGCACCAUCUGCCUUCCGCUCCAGCAUCUCGCACUCCCCAACCGCGCCAUUCCCCGCCGAACGGGACCGAUAUGUCCUGUACAUAAACACCAGUUGUCCCUGGGCGCACCGUACCAAUAUCGUGCGCACACUAAAGGGGCUAGAAUCCAUAAUCGAGUGCGUAGUCUUAGACCCAUGCCUGACUCCCGACGGCUGGUAUUUCUCAGGAGAAUACGGCAGCGCAGUCGCGGAUCCGUUGUACGGCUUCACCCAUCUGAAGGAGUUGUACCUCAAAGCUGACCCCGGGUAUGUGGGCAACUACACAGUUCCUGUGCUGUGGGAUAAGAAGAAGGAGACGAUCGUGAGCAAUGAGAGUGGGGACAUUAUCCGGUUCAUGUAUGAGGAGUUUGAUGAGCUGCUGGUUGAUGAGCAGGAGGCGUUGCGCGAGGUUAACAGCGCCGGCGGCGGGUUAUACCCAGAGCACCUGCGGGCAAAGAUUGAUGAGAUGAAUGAGUGGGUGUAUGAGACAGUGAAUAACGGGGUAUAUCGAUGUGGUUUUGCGAGGUCACAGGAGGCGUAUAACAAGAGCGUUUACCUUCUAUUUGCGUCGUUGGAUCGCAUUGAAGAGCAUCUGGGCCAGGUGGACCAUCAGCCAUAUUUGUUCGGCGAAAAUAUCACCGAGGCGGAUAUCAGGUUGUAUACAACCAUGAUCCGCUUUGAUGUGGCGUACCAUGGGAUUUUCAAGUGUAACUUGAAGAUGAUUCGGCACGACUAUCCCCGGAUUCAUAGGUGGCUGAGGACGCUGUAUUGGGAUGAAUCGGAGAGGACUUGCGGGGGGGCGUUUAAGAAAACGACGCAUUUUAAUGUGUAUAAACCUGCAUAUCUUUCAUCCUUGCAAGUUAAAAUGGGUAGUACCGACAAGCUCGUGCCUGCUGGGCCGUCCCCUGAUAUUUUUCCAUUGAAGAGUGAUCUAUGA